UCGAGUCCGGUUUUGCACACGACGGAAGUUAAAUUCUGUCAUGUGACUGAAACAAUCCAUAUCUCGAAAAAACAGCGCCACGUUUUGAAGACAAGUAUGGAUUUAGAAAUACCAGGAGGGGUGUUCUCGCACAACUUGUUUCAUGUUUCUUGAGGAAAACUACCGCGCUUACUUGACAAAAAUGAGAACUUUCUGCAAGUUCAUACAGCGACAAGCCUACACUAUCCUCUCUUAUAAAUAUGGCACAACGUUGUUCUUCUUCGGCUUCGUCUUAAUCGUCGUCUCAGCUUUCCAUUUCGGAGAGACUGUGAUGCAAUGGAGCCAAAAGCAGUACAUUACUAUGUUUAGUUCAUUCACAGACAAUGUAGCUGGUCAUUCAUUUAAACACAGAUUGUGUUCACCAAUGCCCAUAGAUGUUGUCUACACCUGGGUGAACGGAUCUGAUCCUGAACUGAUUUCAAAAUUGCAACAUGUCAAAAUAAUGCUCCAGACUCAGUUGAAUGAAUCAAGGGUUGACACCUGCAUAUUCAGUGACUGUGUACCAGCAGACCUCAUUGUCAUCGAUCCUCAGUUUCCAACUUCCCUACCUUUGGAAAAUCUACGUCAGAAGUAUUCUCUGUUUAAUGAAGCCACUGAUGUCACUACGAUAAACAAUACUGACAACAGCCGCAUGGUGACAGUUGUGUCAUAUGAUAAUGAGGCUGCAGUAAUCAGAGCCCUAAAGAACAAGGAUUCCAUUUCCUGGAAGAAUAAUUCUGUGAAUAAAGUUUAUUAUACAUCUGAUUGGACAUUACCACAGGGGGUAUUAUUGAAGGAUGUAAUCAUCAUGUCUGGUAUUCCUUUCAAACAUGGUAUGAAGAAUGUGAAGAACUUUUUUCCAAGCGUUUAUCAAGAUGUAUUUUCAAAGAUUGUUUCUUUUGAAGACAAAGGAGUUGCUGUGUUACAUGUUAAAACCAAAGCUGUCUUUGAAGAAGUAUUACAGCUCAACUUGACUAUCAGCGGGAAAAUAAUAUCUUUUGCUGCUGCCAGUAUUGUUUGGGAUCUCAAUGAUUAUUCUCGCACAGAAGAUUUUUCCCCGAGCCGUUUUGAAGAUAAUGAGGAACUACGAUAUUCAUUGAGAUCGAUUGAAAAGUUUGCACCAUGGGUUCGGAAUGUCUUUAUUGUUACUAAUGGUCAGAUACCAUCUUGGUUAAAUUUGGACAACCCUCGACUGCAUAUAGUUACUCAUGAGGAUAUCUUUUUGAAUAAAAGUUACCUUCCUACUUUUUCCUCUCCUGCAAUAGAAGCCAAUUUACACCGUAUUCCAGGAAUUUCAGAUAAAUUUAUCUAUCUCAAUGAUGAUGUAAUGUUUGGCAAAGAGGUCUGGCCUGAUGAUUUUUAUUCUCAUUCAACUGGACAAAAGGUUUAUCUAACAUGGCCAACACCUAAUUGUGCUGAAAACUGUCCUGCAAUGUGGAUUAAAGAUGGCUACUGUGAUAAAAGCUGCAAUAAUUCUCGAUGUGAUUGGGAUGGAGGAGACUGUGAAGGUCAACAGAACCAGCCAUCACAUGGCCACAUGGCAAACCUCUGGCCUGGAGAAUUAGAUCUUCAAAAUAAUAUAAAUGACAUGUAUUGUAACACCGGAUGUGCUAACAGUUGGUUAGCUGACCGUUACUGUGAUCAAAGUUGUAAUGUAUACUCCUGUGGUUUCGAUAUUGGUGACUGUGGUCUUAAAAAUUUCAAUGAAAUACACAAAAUUGAACUUUUGCCUGCUCAGAGAGUUUACCGUGUUCCUCCAAGUAAAAACCUUGUGUACUUCAACCUAACAAAUGCAAUAAACCUGUUUGGAGAAGUAACAUCAGCUAAGAUGGACAAAGAGGAGUUGGUGAGAAAAGCAGCCAUUUCCCUGCACUUCAAAGUGAUGACAAUUAUCCUGUAUUUAAACCAUUCAGAAACAACUAUUUCUUGCAACAUAACAUUCCAUAGUAAAGUCCUUAAUGCUACCAAUAGGAUUUCUUUUAAUUUAAUUGUUAAUACAAAUCAAAGUAGAGCAUUGAAAGCUGAGUUAGAAAAAGCUACUGCUACACAAGAGUCUAUUCUUUCUAUCAAUGAAACGGAAUCUAUUAUUAUUAAGUUGAACCAAAUGCCUGAGUCUUUACUACAACCGAACCCAAAGAGAUCCUCUGUAGUUCUGGUUGAGAAAAUACCAAACAUCACUUUUGAUGCUUUACCUAAAGAUAUUAAGGAACAACUGGAUUUCCUGAAACAGCGGCUUGAAGAAGGUGAACUUACUGAAAAAGGAUAUAAAAUUCACAUAUACUUGCUCUGGAAGAUUUGGCUAAACAGAAAUCAGUCAAUGCCUGACAUACAAAAUGAGAAAGAUACCAAGCCACAUACAGACACAAAAAAGAUGGUUCUUGAUGAUAUACACAAUCGCUUAGUACGGAAAUCUUCAACAAGCCUGCUGUUUAACACACCCAGAUCAAAUGAAGUGCAACAGAAUGAUAAACAUGAGCCAAUAUUACACAAAUCAAGAAAUCUGAUGUCUGCAUUUCAAUUCUCUUUCAAACGGGGUGUCUUUCCAUGGGAGAAAUCUGGUCCACUUGUAGAGUUGCAAGCUAAAUUGGAUGUCUUGAAAAACAAAGAACAAUAUUCUGUGCAUUCUGUAAAGCAAAGAAGAUUACUGGAUACAUUUGCUGACUCUAUUCUCAAUGUCAACCGUAUAUAUAACAGAAUGUUUGGUUACAUAACUCGCAAAGUUCCUGCUCACAUGCCUCAUAUGAUUGACAAAAAUAUUAUGGCAGAGCUUCAAAACCUUUUUCCUGAACAGUGGGCUAUCACGUCAUCACAUAAAGUGCGCAGCUCAAAUGAUAUGCAGUUUGCAUUUGCCUACUUCUACUAUUUAAUUGGUGUGAAAGAAAACAUAACUGCCGAACAAAUAUUUGAUGAAAUGGACACAGAUUCAUCAGGUAUUCUCUCGGAUCGUGAAAUCAGAACCUUAGCUACCAGAUUGUUUGAUCUUCCAUUAGACUUAAAUACAUUACUGAAACUUGAAAAUAUUUUUAUAAACUGCUCAAAAUCAUUUUCACCAUCAUCAUCAUCAGAAUCAUCACCAUCUUCAGUGUUAUCAUCAAUAAAUAAAAGUAAAGCUGGAGAUUCAACUGAAAAAUACUAUGAAAUCAAUAUGCCCCAAGUGAACCGGGAGUUUUUUCUAACUUGUCCAGAAAUCCAGCAGCUUAUUCAGAAAAGUUUUAAACCCAAACCAAAAUAUAAACAUGUGACUAGUGGAGAUGGAGAAAUUGCUUUCAAGAUGAUAAAGACCAACAUUUCAUUAGUUGUUGCACAGCUCGAUGACAUACGCAAACAUCCGAAAAAGUUCAUCUGCCUAAAUGAUAAUAUCGACCAUUCAUUGGCAGAAGCCAAAAUGGUCAAAGCUAUUUUAAAUGAUUUUUUUGAAUCAAUGUUUCCAAUGCAAUCACAUUUUGAGCUCCCAAAAGAAUACCGGAAUCGUUUCCUUCAUUUACAUGAACUUCUUGAAUGGCAGAAAUAUCGAAACUGGCUCCGGUUUUGGACAUAUUUAACUUUGAUCAUUUUGGUGAUGUUAGCACUCCUAUCCUUCUGUUCUGACCGAAUUGAAUCAUGGCAUAGGAGAUUCCUGCAUCGACGUUCAACAUCUCGAAAUGUCAGCAGACAGUCAUCGAACAAGAAGAAAAGCAGCAAAUCUUCCACAGCAAGACAAGAACCACAGAAGUAUAUAGUUUAACCCAAAUAUAUCUCGCUCACCUCUUCAUAUUCUUCAAUUGUUUACUGGUUGGUUGUAACAGUUGACCUUUAUUAUUCACAAUCUCUUCUUCAUAUUCCAGAAGAAAAACCUUCUGGUUUUAUCCUAUGAAGCUUAACUGCAGUUAAAAUAAAUGUCUUCUUCGUAUUCCAGCUGAAAAUUUGGUUUUAACCCAUGAAGCAUGACUACAGUUAAAUGAAGACUGAAGUGAAUUUUUGCCAGGAACAUGGUACAUAUGAAUCCAAAAACCCUAGUUUACAGUGAUGCAACAGUGUUACUAAUACAUAUAGUGAUAUACUUACUGGUAUUGGCAGAAAUAACUUACAUCAUUUGUAACCAACAUGGUUUAAAGCAGAUAACAACCAUAUGGAGUAAUCUGAGCAGCGAGGUGCAAAGAAAAGUAUCAUACGUUAUGAUUAGACUGUAAGACUCAUUAUAAAAAGUGUAAUAAAUUAAUGGUAUAUAGGAACAAAAGCUCUGUGACAUGCUCGGAGUUACGAAAUCACUUACGGUAUGAAAAUGAUAUGGCAGUCUUUUGUUUCUUUUUUCAAUUAUUUCUCUAAUCUCGUUCAGCUGGAAGAGAUAAUAGAAUGCUGUACUUCAGUUUUUCAGUUUUUAGUUUCAUUCGUCCUAUAUUCUAAGUCUAAAUUUUGAUGGAGCUGACAUUACAUUUUUUUUUUUUCGAAAGUUAUUAUUAGUACACCAAAGUUAGUCCAAAUAGACUUUGAUGUAAUAAAAAUUGCCAGGCAUCUACUUAAAAGUAAUUAUUAGUUUUUAAGCAAUUAUUUAAUUUUAGUCUAAAUUAAAAACAAUUCAUAAUAAUUCUGACAGCUUAGUGCCAUGAGUUAUGUCCCUUGGACAAAGACUAACUUUGUUCAGCGUUUGCCAGGUUUCACGAGAUUGUAUACCUACCUCUCGUUUCAGUGAUUAUCAAGAAAGGGAGCAAUCGCUUCAAUAAUAUGCAAAUGUUUAAAUUUUCAAAGACGAAAAAACAAAAAAAAAACCACCCAAAAACACC